AUGCCGCGAGUUCAUGAGUCCGCCAAAUUGCAUUUGACCCUUCGGGGUGUGGGCCUGACCAACGUCAACAAAGGGUGGUUUGGAACCUCCAGCCCUGCAUUUAAAAUCAGUGCCAUGGCCAUUGGAGCGUCGGAGCUCUGGGCAGCAGUGGAGACUUCCGAGCGCAUCGAUCAAAACCUCGAUCCAGAAUGGCCUGCCAUUACGGUGGGCUGCGAGGAACUCUGUGGCGGCGACACGGACCGACCCAUCCAAAUUGUUGUCUUUGAUCAGGAUUCCAAAGGAAAUGAUAUUGGCUCCAUGGGGGCAUUUGAAACUUCUGUCAGUGCGCUUCUGAGGAAGAAAGUCGAUGACCUCAACAAUGUGGAUGUCUCCAAACUAUUCACGUUGGAGGAACCGGGGAAAGGGGCUGUGGGAAAGGUCGUCGUCAUGGAUGCCAAGAUUGAGGAACCACCCAAAGAAACGUUGAAGCGUGGUGUAGCCAGCAUCAAGAUGAUGACAAAGUUUAAGAAUCUGACAGAAUUGCCGCCCACUCCUCCCGAUGACGACAAAGAACUAGACAAGGGCCCUCGGCUAGAGUUCAAACUGAGAGGCAUCAAUAUAGAGCCAAUCUCAAAGGGGAUGUUGCGGGGGAGUGGUGCCAAUCCAAUGUACAAAUUGCUGGCAUUCAAAAUGGGGAGUGCAGAUCCCUUUGAGGUGGUAUUCGAGUCGGAAACAAUUGACAACGACCUUAAUCCCAAGUGGUUGCAAUCAUCAGUCAGUAUGGAAGAGCUCUGUGGUGGAAAUAAGGACUUACCAAUCAUGGUUUCUGUAUACGACAAGGAACCAACCAAAGAAACUCUUAUUGGAACUUGUGAGACCACGGUCUCCGAUUUAGUCCGCAAAAAAGUGGGUGAGACCGACAGUGUCGAUGCUUCCAUGAUAUUCAAACUCAAAGAUGGUGGACAAGACAAGGGAAUGCUCGUGGUAGUCGAAGCACAAGUCUUAGACGCAGGUGGAAACCCGGCUCUCUCUCCGGUGCCUCCUCGAAGCGGUGCCAAGAAAGUCGAAGCACCACCAAAAGACGAUGGGAAAAGCAGGGACAAAUCACCUCCCAAAGAUGACAGGAAAAGUAGUAGCCGCAAAGACGAAUCACCUCCGAAAGAUGACAAGAAAAGCAGCCGCAAGGACGAAUCACCGCCAAGAGAUAGGAAAAGCAGCAGCAAGGACGAAUCACCGCCCAAAGACGACAGGAGAGGCAAGUCUGGCAAAAACUCGUCUUCCAAAUCACUGAACGAAAACUCGCUGCUCCACCUAUCUCUGGAAGGAGUGGACCUGGCCAAUGUGGAGGGUUGGUUUGGGACCUCGGAUCCCUUCUUCCAGAUUGAAGCCUUGAUGAAGGGUUUUGAUGGGACUACGCUGUGGCAAAACAUUGCUCGAUCUGAACACAUUGAAGAAAAUCUAAACCCCAAAUGGGAACCAGUGGCCGUCAACAUUGACCUACUCUGUCAGCUCGACUUGGACAAGCCUAUUCGAAUCAAAUUCUUUGACUGGGAAGAAUCAGGUCGUCACAACCCCAUGGGGCACUUUGAAACGACCGUGAAUAAAUUGUUAGGCGCAAUAGCCGACGAAAAGGGUAGUUCUUGGGACCUUUCCAAGGCAUUCAUACCCAAGGACGAGGAAGGAGAAGAAUAUGGCAAUAUUGUGGUGGCAGAUGCCUACAUUGAGACUCCUGAGGUGAAGUCCUCCAGAGGAAAGAAGAGCCAACAACAAUCCGUCUCGGUGGAUGAGAGCUCUGUCCUGUCUUUAACGCUCGAAGGUGUUGACAUGGCCAAUGUGGAAGGCUGGUUUGGAAUGAGCGACCCAAUGUACCAAAUUGAGACCCCAAUGAAAGGGCCUGAUGGUAACGUCAUAUGGCAGAUGGUUCAUCGCUCCGAGUAUAUUGAAGACAGCUUAAAUCCACGAUGGGACCCUGCAGAUAUUAGUGUCAAUCUCCUCUGCCAGCUUGACCUCGACAAACCAAUUCGUUUCUGCCUAUACGACUGGGAAGAGUCAGGUGUACACGUGACAAUGGGUCACUUUGAGACAUCUGUAAAUCGUCUCCUUCGUUCCAAAUCCGAGAAACGAGACGGUAAGUGGGACUUGUCAAAGGCCUUCAUCACAAAGGCAGAUGAUGGUGAAGAGUUUGGCAAGAUUGUGGUUGUGGAUGUAAGCGUCAAAGGCAGUUCUGGCAAGCGGUCAAAGUCAAAAGACAAAGGCAAACAAGAUUCACCACCAGAGGUGAAGGUGGACGACAAGAGCGCCCUUGUUCUGACAUUGGAGGGCGUGGACAUGGCAAAUGUUGAGGGGUGGUUUGGAACAUCGGACCCGAUGUUUGCAGUUGAGAUACCUGUCAAUUCGAUUGACGGGACGACCAAGUGGCACAAAUUCUAUGAGUCUGAGCAUGUCCCUGAGAACUUGAAUCCUCAGUGGGAACCUGCCAUGCUUGCAAUGGCACCCCUUUGCCAGUGUGACUUGGACAAGCCAAUACGAAUCUCCUUCAUGGACUGGGAAGAAGACGAGUGUCAUAACCCCAUGGGUUACUUUGUGACCUCUGUGAAUCGCUUGCUGUACUCCAAGGCAGAGAAGAAUAAGGAUGGAGAAUGGGACACAUCAAAGGCAUUGAUAACCCGAUCAGACGAUGGGCAGGAGUUCGGAAAAAUCAUAGUUGUGGAUUGCAAGAUAGACCCAAAUGGUUACGAGGCAGCAAUGGCUGCCAUGUUGAAACCAAAAAAAGCAGCGAAAAAGACUAGAGAGAAGAGCCCCGUUCGAAGCCCCAAAAAGGAACCGAAGAGCCCAGUUCGAAGCCCAAAAAAGGAACCGAAAAGCCCGACGAAAGCAACGAAAGAGGUCGAACCACCCUUUGCCAGAAAAGAGAAAAGGCCUUUUGUCGAUGACAAGGGCGCAACACUGUUUCUAACGCUCGAGGGUGUUGCCUUGGCCAAUGUAGAGGGAUGGUUUGGCUGCAGUGACCCCAUGUACACGUUUGCUACCAAGGUUGAAGGAUCAUCGGAGUGGGAAACGGUGUUCACUUCGGAGCAUCUCGACGACACCCUUGACCCCAAAUGGGAACAAGCUUCCGUCAACGUGUCACGGUUAUGCGGCGGUGACCUCGACAUGCCCAUCCAACUGGGGGUCUGUGAUUGGGAGGAAUCUGGUGAACACAACCCCAUGGGGUCCGUCAUUGUUACAGUGCAAGCGCUGCUUGAUGCUGCACGUGAUGGUGACAAGUUCACGGUGGUUGAAGCUGGCCAGGACUUUGGAACGAUUUUGAUUCGCGGCGCUCGGAACGCUCCAACAGCCGUUCUAGCCAUUCGCGGCGCUCGGACAGUUACCGGUCCAAAGGCAGCAGGAGUUUCUCAGAUUCCCAGAGCCGAUUCUCUGACGAAAGGUCAAGGCGUUCAUACGACAGCCGUGGUUCUGGCUCAAGGCGGUCAUACGACAGCCGUGGUUCUGGUUCAAGGCGUUCAAACGACAGCCGAGGGUCCGGCUCUAAGCGCUCAUACGAUAGCCGUGGGUCCGGCUCUAAGCGUUCAUACGGUAGCCGUGGGUCCGGCUCUAAGCGUUCAUACGGCAGUGAUUCAAGGCGUUCAUUUGAUGACCGGUCAAGGGGUUCUCGGUCGGACUCGCCACGUUCAUAUGACAGCGCCUCAAAGCGAUCAUUCGACGACAGUGCCUCUAGGCGUUCAGACGACAAGUCGAGAGGCUCAAGGUCAAUUGAUGACGACUUGUCCAAGCGUAGCGGCUCGCGCAGGAGUGACUCCAGAAGGAGUGACAGUUUCCGGUCAAGGGACAGCCCCUCCAAGAGGAGAUCUUCUCUUUCUGAUGCUUCGACACUUUCUGACUUUAAUGGCUCCAAGAAGUCACUGGAGGGCGAUGGAAGUCAGAGAUCCUACGACAGCAAACGUUCAAACUUGUCCGGUUCUCGCAGGUCCCAUGAUAGCCGAGAAAGGAAGUCUCCAGACUCUCGAGGGUCGCGGGACUCUCGGUCUUUCGGGUCGAGGUCCCGUUCUCCAUCUCCAUCUAAGGGGGGCUCCAUUGGGAGCCAAAGGUCCAACCGCUCCCCUCGUUCCCUUGACGACAGCCGCCGCUCUCGCUCUCCACGUUCCUUUGACGACAGCCGCCGUUCGCGCUCCCUUUCGAGGUCCAGGUCAAGAUCUAGGUCAAGGUCCCGUUCCCGGUCACGCUCCAAUGACAGCAGGAGCAGAAGGUCUUACGGCUCUCGCUCAUUCGACAGCCGAGGCUCACGCUCGAGGUCCAGAUCAAGAUCAAGAUCCAGUAGGUCAAGGCCACGUUCGCUUGACAGUCGGAGUAGAGGAUCGUACAGUAGUCGCUCCCGCCGCUCAUUUGACAGCCGGGGUAGCCGGCGAUCCCGCUCCCUUUCUCGGUCUCGGUCGUCAAGGUACAGCCGACGCUCAUCAAGGUCAGGCUCCAGGUCGAGAUCUUAUAGUUCAAGGAGGUCAGACUACAGCAGGCGUUCGCGGAGCGGGUCGCGGAGCAGGUCGCGUUCCCGGAGUCGUCGCUCUGAUGGAAGUGAUGGCGGCCUCAAGUUGGGCGCCUGGGAAAGUUUGCAGAAUCAAGCAGAAACCGAGGAAGAGCCCCACAGCGCAGCCCUGGACACCGGUGUACACAUCUGAAGCAAUAGAAGGAGAACUUGAGCCCAGUUGGAAACCGGCUUCUAUGGGCGUGGACCUACUUUGCGAUGGUAAUUUGGACAAACGAAUUCUGGUUUCUGUGCUUGAUCAGAAUGACAAGAAAGCUGGGCAUGCCCCAAUGGGAUCCUUCGAGACUACUGUGAACAAACUUAUUGAAGCCAAAGUUGGAGGCUUUGGCAGCGGGGACAACUUUGAUGAUGCCAACAGCAUCCCGUUAAUGGAGGGCAACAAGGAAGUGGGAAGGAUUGUUGUUUUGGGUGCUCAUGCGGAUGCCCCGAAAGUAAAACCCAUUGUGCUGGAUGAAGCAAAACCAAGGGAGUCAAGCGGGAGGCGAUACAGCAAUUCAUCUCGUGGCUCGAGACGUUCUUACAGUUCGAGGCGCUCAAAGAGUUCCAGGUCAUGGAGCUCCUAUGGUAGUAGGAGCAGAAGCCGAAGCAGAAGCCGAAGCUCUAGGGGCUCAUCCAGGAGGAGCUAUUCUUCAGGGAGCAGGUUUUCGGAUGCAAGUUCCAGGAGGAAAAAGAAAUCGGACGAUGAAUCGGGGUCAAGUGUAGUCUCAGAUUCUGAAUCCGAAGCAGAUGCUGCUGCACAGGAUACCAGUGGCUUCCACGAGGACGCUGCACUUCACCUGUCGCUAUGUGGUACAGAGCUGGCCAACGUUGAAGGUUUCUUUGGCAUGUCCGACCCAUUUGUGGAAAUUGCUUCGUACACUGGACUGCCUCCACCUAGCAUGUGGCAGCCAAUCUUUCAAUCUGAGCACAUUGAAAACAACUUGAAUCCAAGAUGGAAGCCACUGGAAAUGAAUCUUGAAAUGCUGUGCAAGCGUGACCUUGAUCAGCCCAUCCAGGUCAAGAUCUUAGACUGGGAGGAGAAUGGCAAACACCAGCCCAUGGGUUCAUUUCAAACAACAGUGAAUGGCCUGAUGGAGGCUAAAGUGUACUUUGAUGAUGAUGAUCAAAUCGACACAUCCAAGGCCUUUACAGUCAUGCAAAAUGGAGAAGUCUAUGGAAAAAUUGUCGUUUCAGGUGCAAGGAUCGAAAACCCAGAGCCAGUCGUUGCUCCAACAGCACCCAAUGCAGCCGGAGACGACGAGAAGAAAAAGGGAUCGAGUAAGAAAAAGAAAGGAAAACAGAAGCGACAACACCAAAUAAAGUUCAACACCCAUGGUGAUGAACUCAGCAUUGGGACCAUUGAAUCGAGUGACGAGGCCAAAGUCCAGCAAAUGCUGGAAGAGCCUAAAACAAAUGUCUUCGGGGAGGAAAAUAAUGAGGACGAUGGCAAGAGUAGGCCUUGGAAGAGCGCACUGCCCCAAACCAUUGGCCUGGAUGCAUUCACAAAUGAGAUUGGCGACUUCCAGCUAGGCGAAGAUGGCGAGAACGAUGAUGACAGCAAGGAAGGGUCCCUGACCGAUAUUGCAGCCCUUUUGGCAAAGGCCGAGGAGGUGGAGAUUAGCGACAGUGAAGAUAGCGACGAAGACGAGGAGAGCGAGGGCGAUGAUGACGGAGAUGACAGCGACAACGAGUCUGACGAUGAAGAUGGCACCGACAAGGAAGACGAGGAGGAAGCCAUGCUGGAAAUGAUGUCGUCCAUGCAACAGAGCCUCUCCCACAUGGCGGAGACCCCCAGCAACGCCACUGCAAACAUGGAAGUCGACCUUGAGAAAUUUGACGAUAUGUACGACCAAGUUGUCGUGGACCCCAAGGUGGUGUCAGAGUUUGAACGCAAGCUCGAAGAACGGGCAAGGAGGCGGAACAAGACGGAAGACGAAAACUUGGACCCUGAUCUGCUCCGAGACACACCCAGACUCAUCCUCUUUGAGUCCGAAAAGGACAGCAAAAAGAAAAAACGUGGCAGGAAGAAGAAAAAUGGCGGGUCCAAGUUCUCCAAGGAAUUCAUCGACGCCAUGCGCGAAGUCUUUGGUGAUAGUGACGAUGAGAGCGAAGAAAGCGACGAUGAAGAUCAAGGCGAAGAGAAGAAGGAGGACGAAGAAGCCAUGCUUCGCAACGCGGGAGUCUUGAAUAAGAGAGCCAGCGAAAGCUCACUCUUCUUGGGCGCCAGGAAGAAACCAAAGAGAAAGAAACCAAAGAUUGACCCCGCAGAAGUGUUUGCCGAAGAAAUGAGGCGACAGGAAGGCGUGAAAAUACUGUCCACCAGCGGGUUGAAGCAAGAGAUGGCGGACAUGAAGAAGGGUCUGACCCGAAAGAUGAUGGAGAGAGAAUUGGAGAACUUGCGAAAGGGCACGGCAAAGAAAUAUAGCCCGUUUGACAACAACGACAAGAACAAAGCCAACCAAAAGCCAGGCCUCUUUGAUGAUUACAAUGCUGGUGGCAAGCCUUAUGCUCAAGGCGGUGCGGCGACGGCGGCAGCAGAGAAAAAGCCAAAGGCGAAAGCAGGCAACACAGGCCUCGCUGGCCACUUUUCGAAUUCGAAGAACGAUGAUCUUGCCGACAACAGGCUUGAUGACCUGGCAACUGUUGCGCUGGGUGCUGGAGGCAACGAGGCGCUGCCUCCUCUCCCUGGCCUUCCCUCGUUGAAUGCACUGCCGGCGAAGGUGCAGCAAGCUGGUAACAAGGCAAAGAACACGCUGGGCGCCAUCUCUGAGACCGCAGCAGGGCCGCUGCGUGCGGCCGGAGAGCAGACAUUUUUUUCCAAUCAGCAAGCUUGGGACGAUGAUGAAUCGCAAGCCAACGUCGGCCUCACCAACAAUAGUAAACCUGACGCUGGAAAGGCGGCAAUUCCUAAAGGGCAGAGCACUCGCAAGUUCAAGGCGCCCCAAUUCAACUUUGGGAAACGAAAGGGUUCCGGAGUGCAGCUUGAUGACGACGAAGAUUAUUAG